AUGGAAAUCGAAAACAUCGUGGCCAAUACGGUUUAUAUCAAGGCGAGGGAAAGUGAGUUGAAGCUGGUGAAAAACUGAAAAACAGAAAGAAAACAAUUAAUGUUCAGGUGGCGGUCAGAAGAAAGGCAAAAGCAAGAAGUGGAAAAAUUAUCUACAGUUCCCACACUAUACAGAAUGUUUACCACUGAAGGCUGAAAUAGAAGUGAAGUGAGUUAAAACACGUUUUCAAAAAAAGUAGUACGAUGAUAGUGAGCCGGAAAUGUAUAUAUUUGGUGGAAAACGAUGAAUAAUUCGGUGUACUCUUUCAGUUAUGCAUUCGUCGUCGAAAAGCAACCUAUCGGCAAGUUGCUAUUCCAUGAAUUCUGCCAAGAAACCAAUUCACAGUAUCAUCAGUGCUGCCAGUUCUUGACCAAGGUGCGUGCGUUUUGACUGUUGAAAAGAUUGGUGCGGUGGAGAAGUAAUUCCUGCUAAUGCUCACCCAUCUUCAUUUGGCCCGGGAUUUCGUAUUAUUAGUAUGGCGGGCGCGGUCUGGAGAAGAGGGGAUGAGAAGCGGCUCUUUGCGCUGUGUAUGUGUAUGUGUGUAUGUGUGCGUGUGCUUUUGCCUGUGCCUGUGCCGCCGAGUCCGCCGCGGACAAGGAUACGCGCAAAGUUCACGCGUUUUGAUGAAUCCGCACUAAUUAGGGACGAUGUCUUCUGGCUCUCCCUGAAAGCAGACCUUCUCCUCUUUAAUACCGCCCUCGCGCUUCUCGUCCGCGAUCGUUUUCGUUCGUUUUGGAUCAGAUGACACGAAAACCGAGAAACGUUUUUUAAUUGGACGGGUAAUGAUGAUUUUCGGCUUGACACGAAUGAUGAAAAGGAAGCGCCCGGGGAGAUGCGGAAAAGCGAUUAAUGAUUCGGAACAUGGUACCCUAAAAGCAGCAAGGACGACCCAAACCGUCUAUCUAAUUAGUGCCAGGGGAAUUGGAUGCCCGGCUCAUUUUCGCCUUUUAGAAAAAUUGGAUUGAAGCUGGUUUCCACUGGGUCAUAUUGAAAGUAUCGCCUUUUUUUCGAAAUCACUUGAAGCGUGAAGUUGAUUUGCUCAAUAUAGUAAGACGUAAAGUGCUUCGACACACACACAAGAUUAAGUCCAAGUUGGAGAAAAGAAAAAAAAACACGCAUGCCUAGUACUAGAUAUUACUCGUACAUGUGCCCCAAUUAAAUUUGACACUUUAGUUUUGACUCCGCCACGCUUUUCUGCUAGGGAGGCUUUGCUAUGUGAAUGGAUACACUAAUGAGAAGAAUCAAAUUUCAGGUUGAAGAAUAUGAGACGUCUGACGACGACGGGCAAUCCAGAAGGGAGCUGGCAACGGCUAUCGUGGCGCUUCUUCACUCGAAACCUGAGGAUAACCCCUCUGUAAGAGUGCUACUUUCGGCUGGAUUCUUCACUCUUUUUGUUCGAUUUCAGGGGUCUCAAGACGAGGAUUUUUGGUGUUCCUUUCUAGCCGAAGAAGUCAUAUCAACGUGUAUUGCCGCCGCCGACUCUGCAACCCAUGACGAUGAGCCCAGGAGCGACAUCUUUUCGGAACCAUAUCGGUAUGACGCGAUUUUAUUGUCAAGUUGAAAAUGUGCUCUUCGCCUUGCCCACAAAGCACCAAUGUCACGCAAAACUAUGUCGUAAAACAUACAUUCUUGAUCAGAAAGUUUUCCCAAACUGAUGAAAUGCCAAACUUCACAUUCCGUAUUUUAUGAGUUGGGUCGUCAGAAAGGCACCGUAAUCGGCAGACAGACUACGUUCGGACACAGAUACAAACAGAUACAAUAAGUGCUUAUUUGUUGUUUUUCACAAAAACACCAUUUGAUUUCUUCUUUUCCUUCUGAUUCCCCGGAAAAUAAGUACAGAAACCAAUGAGCAAAUCAAAAACGGCGAAAGAAUCAGUUGUCGUAUGAUGUUUUUCGUAAUUGACGUAGUAAACCACCGCCUCUAAUACGGGCUCAUUCCCGGAAACUAUCUUGUUAACUGAUAACGUUGUUGAUUAGAGUCAUAAUUUCAUAGAUUCUGGAAGGAACAAUCUGAAAAUCAAAGAAUAUGUCACGAAUAGUAACAGAUGACUUUGAAAUUCGAUAGGGUAAACACGAACUUUUCUGACGUUACUCCAAGAAUUGUUGACACGUCGGACUGGUUAAGGUUUUCGUUAUUGCCCGGUUUCCAUAUUCAUUUUCUUCCCUUUGCGUGACUGGACUGGACUGGCAGCUACGAAUUCAAGCGGCGGUGAUGAACACCGUGAAAAAUAGCAUUUGAACAAAGGACUGUUUUGAACAUCUUUCUGCCGUCGCUUCUCAUUCUGUCCUUCUUUUUUUGUGUGUAAUUUCGCAAUAACGGAUGCAAAAAAAUACAUUUGUGAAAGGAGUUGUUGAGGGAUAUGUGUAUGUGUUUUGCCAGUGCGAGUGUACCGAGAAAAAGAGAAGGGGGCAACGAAGGACAAACUUGUGUACAAAUUGAAUUUUUCUUCCAGACUCGCUCGCCAGUUUCUCACUGAUGCGCCUUUCAAGGAGUUCUCGGAAUCCAUGUACUUUCAUCGGUUUCUGCAAUGGAAAUGGUUGGAGAAAAGGCCCGUCGACAAGCACACGUUUCGGUUAUAUCGAGUUCUUGGAAAGGGCGGUUUCGGAGAAGUGUGUGCUUGCCAGGUAAGUACCCCUCAGAGACGUUUUUUUGCAAUCAGAUCAAGUGCAGUGCAUUGUCGUUCCCGUCCUUUCAUCCGGAGAUAUUGAAAGAUAUAACCCCUUUGUUUUAUGGGUCAUUCCAAGUUUCGGCUCCGAUCGUAAACUGGUAGCUGGAGAGAAAACACAAGAACUUGAUGAAUUAAUUGUCAUCGUCUGUAGGACUGGAAGAUGAAACGAAGGGGGUAGCGGGACAAUGACGGCUUCUGACAAAUUGAAUUUUUUAUUCCACUCUUUGCCAACACAACUAAUCUAACCCGUCACGGAAGUAAGGCCGGGACCAGACACUAAAGCCACUAAUCAAAUGAAUGAACAGAAUCUGUAAUGAAUCACUUUGAGCCGGAUUGUUUUCAGGUCCGUGCAUCUGGCAAAAUGUACGCGUUGAAAAAGCUGGAGAAAAAGCGAGUGAAGAAGAGACACGCUGAAACGUUGAGCUUAAACGAGAAGCAAAUUCUGCAACGGAUUAACUCUCCAUUUGUAGUACGUUUCUUUCUUCUUUUGAUGGAAAAGAGAUUUGGGAGUACAUUGAAUGGGGGAAGGAUGACUCUGGACGGCCUUUUUCUAAUCACUCUUUUUUGCAGGUGAGUCUGGCGUACGCAUACGAGACGAAAGACGCAUUGUGCCUCGUGCUCACACUGAUGAAUGGCGGCGAUUUGAAAUUUCAUUUGUACAAUUUGAUGCCCGGCGGGUUUGAUGAGAAAAGAGUGCAAUUCUAUGCGGCCGAAAUCACGCUCGGCCUCCAGCACCUUCAUAGUGAACGAAUUUUGUAUCGUGAUCUCAAACCGGAGAAUAUUCUCCUCGACGACUUUGGACACGUCAGAAUAUCUGACUUGGGUCUUGCCGUAGAAAUUAAGGACAACGAACCUAUUAAAGGACGAGUAGGAACUGUUGGUUACAUGGGUACGUGAAAUCAUCAACCUUGCCUUGGCUUGUGAACUUUUUUUUGUUUUGCAGCUCCCGAAAUAGUGAAAAAUGAGCGGUAUUCAUAUGGUGUCGAUUGGUGGGGAGUCGGGUGUCUUAUCUAUGAAAUGAUCGAGGGAAAAGCUCCAUUUCGACAGCGGAAGGAGAAAGUGAAGCGGGAGGAAGUGGAACGACGAGUGCGUGAAGACCAGGAGAAGUACUCGGAGAAGUUCAGCGAAGCGGCUCGGACUCUCUGUCGGUCAGUGAUCAUCUCUCAAACAACACCGUUUUUUGAUUGUUCCAUUUCAGAGGGUUGCUCCACAAAGAACCGGGUUUCCGUCUCGGGUGCCGUCGAGUCGGACGACCGGAAGAUGGCGCCGAAGAGAUUCGCGCUCAUCCAUUUUUCAACACUGCCGACUCAGGGACCAGCCGAGAGCCGGUUCCCUGGAAGAAAAUGGAAGCGGGAAAGGUGGGACCAAUCGAUCGAUAAUGAAUGUUUUUAUUAUUAUUCUUCAGGUAACACCUCCAUUCUGUCCGGAUCCCAGAGCAGUAUACGCGAAAGAUGUGUUGGAUAUCGAACAGUUCAGCACUGUCAAGGGAGUCCGUUUGGACGCGACAGACACUCAGUUCUACGGGAAAUUCAACACGGGAUGCGUUAGUAUUCCGUGGCAGAGCGAGGUUCGCUUUCCUUGUUUCUUCCUGCCUUUUGUGCUUCGAAGUGCCCGCCGCGCUGCUGCUGCUGCUGUAUAGUUUUGAAAGCCAUCUCCUUUUCUUUUGUCUGUGUGACAAUUGAGCAAAAGUUCUCUUGUUUCGCUUCUUCUCGAAAUGCAUCUCGUUUCGGGGAGGAAACGGAGAAAAGGAUGCGCAGAAAACAACUGGCUUUGCGUAGGAGCUCUCGGUGAUUGUCCUUUUUUGGCACAAUCGACGACAAAAUGUCAUUUUAUUUUUCGUAGAAGGGAUUUGUUUGAGAGAGGAACACAUUCUCUUCUUCAACCGAGGGACCAAACACACAUUUCACAUUUUCAGAUGAUCGAAACGGAGUGCUUUGCCGAGCUAAAUACGUUCAACGACGAAGAGGGAAACGUGAUGUGGAAUCUGCGUGCGGACGGAAUCAACAUGGACGAAAGACGGAACGGAACCAGCAAGCCUGGCUUCUUCUCGCGUCUCUUUCGCAAAAAAGUAAGAGAAGUUCUGUGAAUUUCUGGAAUCGGUCACAAACAGCCCCUGAUUUCGCUUUCAUCUCUCGCUUCCUUGGUUUUGUGCACUUUCUGAGCUGAUCGUUCUUGUGAUUUGCCGGGCAUACGUGGAUUUCUAUGUAUUUUCAUUCUUGCUCAAUAUUUUCUCUCUGUGUCCUCACUUCUCUUCUGCUUCUCGCCAACCACAUGAUGUUUCAUUACGGAUGCCAUCGACCAGAGAGAAAACCAAAAAAAAAAGGUGCCCUAUGAAUAAAAAUGUGGAUCCGGUUGCAGGACUCGGGUCAUCCGAACGCAAAAACUUGAAUGAUUUGUGAUUGUGAACCCCAUCCUAUUCCAACCAUCAAACCAGUGCCAGUGCCUUCAAUUCAAUCAAAACCCAUCCUAGAUCAAAACACCAAUCGGUUUAUGAUCUCUUCCCCGCACCUUCAUGCCACGUUUCAAAAAUCAAAGUAAGUUUGCGUUCCGUUUCAUAUACAUUUUCUCUUUCUCCUUCUUUCCGGCGCACACCACGCACACUUAGGCACCUACGAUUUCCAUUUCAUUCGUUUUUCUCCCCGUCUAUCUUUACACAACUGUCCUUGAUUUUUCCAGUACAAUGCUGCAUGAACCUUUACUUUUUCUUUCUUUUUUUCCAGUGGGAGCAAGUUCAGCAACUAUCUUUCUUUCCACGUAAAUAUUUGUGAGAAGCAGUAGAGAAUGUGAAUCUGGGCUCCCACCAAAACAUGACUGAUAUUAUUAGAUUUCUAUACGUUUCUUGUUUCAAAUCUCAUUAGCCAUACAUACAUACAUAUAAGCAUAGGGUGCAGAGGGGGAUAGACGACAAAUUGAGGGUUGCUUCAUGAAAUCACUAAUUGCAACAUUUCAGAAUCUCGAUGUCACCAAAUCACUCCAUGACCUUUCCCAAAUGGGUGUAGAUCAACAACAGCCGAAAAUAACGACCAAGAUAACAAUUCGAUCGAGCCGUGCAGCUUCAGCCAGUGGAAGAACAUCUAUGGGAUAA